AUGCCGAGCGAUGAGGAAACCCCAGUGCUCUGGGGCUCGCCCGCGCAAACAGGCGCGGCCUUCGAUUUCCGAAGCGACGUGGUCACGACUCCAUCCCAAGGCAUGCUCUUGGCCAUCGCUCGCACGACCCUCCACGACGAUAUCUACGGCGAGGAUUCAACAACGAGAAACUUCGAGGAAGAAAUGGCCAAGACGUGUGGCCACGAAAGCGCCGCUUUCGUCCUCUCGGGCACCAUGGCGAACCAGCUUGCCAUCCGCUCACUCCUGCACCAACCGCCGCAUGCCGUCCUCGCCGACGCCAGCGCGCACAUCAUACAUUGGGAGGCCGGUGGCGUAGCGCACUUGUCGGGUGCGACGGUUCAAGGGAUUCGUCCGCUGAAUGGUCUUUACCUUACCCUCGAGGACGUCAAGAAGCAUGCUGUCCUGACGGAUGAUGUACACAAAUGCCCCACGCAGGUCGUCAGCAUCGAGAAUACCAGUUCCGGGGUGGUUAUACCCCUGGCAGAGUUACAGAAAAUCAAGGCAUGGGCUUCGACGCAUGGUGUUGCCAUCCACAUGGAUGGAGCUCGUCUCUGGGAGGCUGUAUCAGCAGGUGCGGGCGCGUUGGACGACUUUGGAAAGUGCUGUGACGUCUUGACGCUCGAUUUUAGCAAAAACCUCGGUGCUCCUAUGGGUGCCAUGGUGUUGGGCCCAUCCGAGUUGAUCCGCAGACUGAAGCGAAUCCGGAAGAGUAUUGGAGGUGGCAUGAGACAGGCAGGUGUUCUCGCGGCGGCAGCGCGACAAGCGGUUGCUGAGAAUUUUGGGUUGGGAAACAGAGAUACCAAACGGGUCUUGAGGAACAGUCGUGUUCUGGCAGAGAGGGUUGGGAGGAUGUGGAUGGAGAGAGGGGGGAGAUUACUAAAGCCUGUCGAGACCAACAUGGCCUGGGUGGAUCUCAAGAGCUGCAACAUAGAAGUUAGGGAAUGGAAUGAUCUCGGGAAAAGGAACGGAAUCAAGCUCGACGGGAAGAGGGUUGUGCUGCAUCAUCAGAUUGAUGAGAUGGCCAUGGAGCGACUGGCUACAGUGAUGAAUACAGCCCUUGGUCAUGUUGCAGACGGGGGAAUUGUGAGUGGUACUCCCAGAGCUCGGCUGUGA